AUGAAGUUGCUUUCUUUAUUAGAAAGGCCUGAUGUUGUAUCUUGGAACAUUGUCAUUUCAGCCUGUGCUCGGAGCAAUAAUUAUUAUGAGGUUUUUGAACUUUUCAAGCGUAUGCUUUCCACACACAUCCGUCCAGACAAAUACUCCUUUAUGACUGUAUUAUGUGUGUGCACCAAACUUUGUAGUUUUGAUUUGGGAAGUUCUCUUCAUGGUCUUAUUGUGAAGACUAAUAGUUGUGACUCUUUUUUGGGCAAUGUACUAGUUGAUAUGUAUGGAAAGUGUGGAAACAUUGAAAAUUCAGUGAAAGUUUUUGAAGAAAUUACUGACAGAAAUGUUAUUACAUGGACAGCUUUAAUUUCUGCCCUCGGGUUAAAUGGUUGUGCUCGCGGCGCAGUGAAGAUAUUCCACAACAUGAUAUUGAUGGGAUUUAAGCCCGAUGCAUUAGCUCUCAGAGCAGUGCUUUCUUCUUGCAGAUACGGUGGAUUAGUGAGUGAAGGGAUGGAAUUUUUCAAGCAAAUAGGAACCAUUUAUGGGAUUCAACCAGAACACAAUCAUUACCUUUGCAUAGUAGAUCUCCUUGCUAAAAAUGGACAAAUAAAGGAAGCUGAAGAAGUCAUGGCAAGCAUGCCUUUUCCACCAAAUGCCCAUAUAUGGCGCAGCUUCCUUGAAGGCUACAAGAAGCAGGAAAUUGCAGUUUGA